AUGGGAUGCAAAAACUCAAAGGCGAAGGGGCCGACUACGCAGCCACCCACCACGAAGCAGGAUAACACUCCAACCCCCAACAUCUCCACUGUGCCCGCUGCCGCUCCUACUGAACAACGCGCAAAGCAGCCUAAUGAGACGAAAAAAAAUGAGGCCACAACCUUUGUGGGUCGCGCUGGCAACGGCGAGGUGACUGACACUGGAUCACCGGCCGGGCCACGGAAGGUAGUUGCAGGCCAGGGCGGCAGCGACAACAAGCGUGCGGCAUCAAACGCCACCUCAAAGCAGGAGGUUGAUGACGAAGGCAAUCCACUGAUUUUGCCGAACGGUAAUUGGGUAAGGACGGACGGUACACCCUUCUACUACUCAGAGCAGGAGAACCUAUACUUCCACCCUCCUAGCUGCCAGUUCUAUGACCCGACGAACGAGAUGUGGUACGAUCCGGAGAAGGAUGAGUGGUACUACGACGAGGAAAACGAGGCUCAGUCGUAG